AUCAAUUACAUAAGGCAAAAAACAUGUUUGCAAAAUUGUAUAUUGAUACACAUAUUAAAACGAAUUGGACGACAAUACAUUUCAAAAUGUACCUAUUUUCAUGUCAGCAGCAGCACAACUACAUUUCCCACAAUGCUCUCACGUUGUGUCCGCGGUAAUAACACAGGAAGUGGCGCGCGAGGUUUGAAAGCUGACUUGAGCGAGAUUGUUUGCUAACUUUUUCGUUUGCUAACUUACAUUUUGACCUAUUUAGCGUGUUUAAAAUAAAAGGGCCGUUGGACCUGCACACAUGCGCCAAAUGUAUUGGUAACUCGUAGUGACAUUUCUCGAAUCAAUUGAGUCUACUAGUUGCUGUAUCAGUUUGAAACGGUUGAUUUAAAAUGUCUUACGUGAGAUACGGACGGAAUCAACAACAUGCAAAAACAAAAAGACAGACCCGACCCAAAAAGUCAGCAGCGACCAAAAAAGAGUGGGUGAGCACAGUCAAUGAUCUAUCUGUCCACAAACUCACACCUGCAGAGCUGAAUCAUCGGCACGAGAUUCAUCAGUCCCACAACAAAGCCGCAGCCCAGUGGGAGCUGAAGGAGCGCACAUUGAAGCGGCACCUAAGACAUGGAAAAAGUCCUGCACCUCUGGACCAGACCAGUCUCGACAUCAUAAGAGAGGUCUUGUCUGACGAAAUGUUGCUGCAGGAUGUUCUGGCCCGGUCAGAUAGAGCUAUGGCUGUCGUCAAAGACUUGUUUGGAGAGUCUCCCCGCAGACAGAUUGCAGGUCACCCCAGUGUGACUGUAGCCCCGAACUGCAACGCUGACUCAGGGCUACCAAAUCGUUAUAGGCCAGAUGUGCAAAUCAAGACAGCUUGUCGGAGUGAAUCAGUGAUGGAUCGACAGGCUCCCAAUGAAGUUGAAGUGACUGACGAAGCACCAAGUGAUGAAGAAACAUAUUUUGAUGGAGUGAAGAAAAGAACUAUGAUCGACUCCAGAAAAAUGAAGCACAGGCCGUUUAAUAGGCAAAUGUCUGACCGAGAGAGAAAUAAAGUACUGAAAACUCCUCAUGUCGCAAGGAAGAAAAUGGCUCUAAACUCCACUCCAGCAGUUAAACGUGUUCAGUCCAGAGUGAGUGAGUCAGAUGACGGCAGAGAAGAAUCUUCAGUUUUGGUUUCACGAGUGCUGAACUCUGGACAGUCUUCUUGUCAGUCAGGCUAUCAGAGUAGCUCUGGCAACAGAACUAACCUGCAUGGAGCAAAUAAUCCAGUGUUGGAGGUCACCUCUGAUGCUUCUCUGAGUGGUGACCAUUCGACACUUGGUCUACUGCAGACCAUGCUGGGACAGGUGGAAGCAGAAUUAGACACGUGUGCCCCCAGUACAGAAGUCGCUUCAGAACCAAAGCCAAAACCUUACCAGUCUCAAAGUCUUACUGGAUUUUCUGUUGCUCUGGUCUCUACACUGGGCCGUUUGGUUCAGCAUUUUAACAAGAUCAAGUUGCAGUGUGAGGAAAAAUCUCACAGUGAGGCUGUCGCAAGAAACCAGCUAGAGGCAGAGCUGAAAGAGCAGCGAGGCCUGAUCGAUGCUCUCACAGCUGAAACCAUGACCCUGAGAGAAGAGGCUGCCUCCCUGCAGGAGGAGCUGCGUCAGCGUACCGCAGAGGUGGAACGUAAAUUGGACACUAUGGUGCUGGCAAUGGGUGAUCAGCUGAAAGCACCUUCUUGCCCAAAGAAAUACCAGCAAGUGGAGCCUGAAGUGUGUCAUUGCCCCCCCUCUGCUGAGCAAGGCAGAAGCAUCCCUGCUUCUCCAUCGGUGAUGCCGUCCAAACCUCAGCAGGUCAACGACUGGCUGCAAGCUGGCGACUCACCGCCUGUGCGCCUGAACUCAUAUUCUCAUGGACAUGUGAAGGCUGUUGGACCUGUGACCAGUCCUUCACUUCCCAGUCUUCCCUCCUCAUCAUCGCCAUCAUCAUCAUCCGCCCCACAUAGGUCACAGAUCACCUUAGACGCUAUAAUGGAAGAGAUCACGCAACUGAGCCAGCAAAACGACCUUCUGAAAGCUCAGCUUAGCCGAGCCAGGGCCGACAAGGCAAAGGUUGAAGGAUCAACUGACAUCAGUGGGCAGCGGAGGCAUUUGAGCGACAGCAGCUCAGAGAGGAACACACCUCUCUUUGUCAGAGAGAGCAUGACAGAGAGAAUCCCAAACGCUCUGCCAGAGUCAGCUGAGCAGCCCACUGAUCAGGGCCAAGCCAAGCAUUUCAGUGUAAACUUUGUACAACAGCGCCUCCUUGAGUUGAACAGGCAAAGCGCAAUAGCCAGGGGUCGACUCUUGGAGCUGAUUGAGCAGCAAAGACGAAGUGUUUCUGAGGUUUCUUUCACUGGGUCCUCCACCCCUUCUUGUAUUUCCACUUCCAAACCUAGAGGAGAAGGAGCCCCAACAGUGUUUCGACAAGAGUCCCAGUCCCAAAACUCACGACCUGCAUCUGAAACAAGGGCAUCAAAAACUCAGGUGGACCAGCAAAGAGAGCCUGACGGAUGGUUUGCCUUAUCCGCUCACGUGAGAUGAAAAGCUUUCACCCACCAACUUAGCAAAUGAACGUCACUGAAUCUGUUACAUUAAUGUAUUUUAAAAUGACUCAAAUAAAAUUCUUACUUCA